AUGAGAAAAAAAGACUCAGAUAGAAAUAUAUGUUCGUCCGAUUCAGAAUCCGAUGAUAAGUCUCUAUUUGCAUUUGGUGAGAUGCUUUUAGGUGAGGAUCAAAGAAAGGACCCUUUGGAUUCAGAUCGAAUUGUUGAAGAAAAAUAUGAAGAGAAGAAUGACUUAUGUAAUAUUGACUUGUCUAGAUUGGACGAAGAUCAAGUUAUACUUCUUAACCCUAUCAAAGAAGAGAAAGAGGAGGAGCCAGUAAGUAAUAUGGGGAGAAUGACCACCAAAAAUUGGAUUAUCAAACUGUGGUAUCACGCAUAUACUCUUGCAAUAGAGACUGUUUGCAAAAUAAGAGAUGCCUUAUGCGGAGGUUGCACAAGGUUGAAACCAAAAUAUCGGGUAAAGAAGAAAGUUGAACUCAGUCAUGGCAAUGAAGUCGUGUCCAAGUGUUCUGAUGUAGUAGCAGAGGGGGGCAAGCACGACAGUCAACUUUUCCACAGCUUCCUCAUGGAAGAGGACUUGACCAGAUAG